AUUUACAUUUCAAAUUAUCUCGAUUUAAUUACAAGUUGAAGCACACUUCAUAAUUUUAUUGUAAUCAUAUUUUAUGAUUACACAUCAUAAAAGUGUUUAUAUAAAGUCAAAAUAGCGCACUUUUGUUCAAACCGGCAAUGUUAGCAGUUCAGUCACGGAAUAACAAUCCAAAUUGUUCAGAUAAGGCUUAAGACAGUGAAUCUAACAUAAAACGUUCCGACUUCGAUUAGUCUUUGGUGUGCGAUUGCGCUUUGCCAAGUUUGUAAAAUACAUGGCAUAGGAAAAUAUUCGUCGUCAGCAUCGACAUCGAUCCUUGAACUUCGCUUUCAUUCUCGAUCUUAACAUGGGUUAUGAAGAAAACGGUGUUAAGUUUUAUCUUUAUACCGGAAAUGGGGAUAAGAAAGGAACGAAAUUGUUAAAGGUAAAAACGAAAAACUAUAAAAUAAAUCCAGAAUAUCCAGUUAAAAUAUUGUGUCAUGGUUGGAUGGAUGAUAAAAAAUCAUAUUGGUAUCAACCAACGAUUCAAGAGUAUUUAAAACGUGGAAAUGUUAAUAUUAUUACAGUGCAUUGGGGAAAAUUCGCGAAAGGGUUGUUUGGUAAAGCUGUGAAAUCGGUUAAAAUGGUUGGAUUCAGCAUAGCUAUGUUAAUCAGUGAUAUUUCUUUAAAAUACCGCAUACAUUUCGAAAAAUUUCAUAUUAUUGGGCAUAGUUUAGGGUCACACAUAGCAGGAUUUGCAGGAAAACAUAUUAUUUUAUAUCAUAAUAAAACCAUCGGAAGAAUAACCGCUUUAGAUCCUGCUGGACCUGGUUAUAAAGAAAAACCGCCUGAAGAUCGAUUAUGCAGAUCAGAUGCAAAUUUUGUUGAUGUCAUCCAUACUGAUGGAGGCGUCUUAGGGAUUAAGGAACCAUUAGGACAUAUUGACUUUUAUCCUAAUGGUGGAGUCAGGAAACAAGCUGGAUGUAAAACAACUAACAUGGCGUGCAGUCAUAAAAGAGCACCGUUAUACUUUGCGGAAAGUAUUACAAGUAAAAAAUUCAUUGCUGGCUAUUGCGAUAGCUUCGAUGAUGUCGUUGAUAAAAAGUACAAUAAAAAAAUAACUGCAAUUAUGGGUGAGGACGCUAAUCCAAACAUCGUUGGAAUUUAUUAUUUAGAAACGAACAAUACGUCUCCUUACGCGUUAGGAGAGCUUUUAUGACCCAUUAUAACUAUUACUACUUGAUGUUAUUUAUUUUGCUAUUUUUGUACAAAUAAAAAUUCUGUUUUCCAUAAAAUUA